GGAAUUGGAGAAGGUCAAUCAACAUCUAGGCCACCGCUUUUUGAUGGCACCAACUACACAUAUUGGAAAGAGCGGAUGAGAAUUUAUAUCCGCUCAACCAACUUCCAGUUGUGGUUGGUCAUCAAAAACGGCGAAGAAACGCCAAUGAAGAAGGUAAAUGAAAAACUUGUCCCAAAGACCGAAGACGAAUUUGAUGCCAAAGACAUCAAGAAGGUGGAGAACUACGCCAAGGCAAUCAACAUGCUGUACUGUGCGGUCAAUCCCGAUGAUUAUCGCAAGAUCUCUUGCUGCACCACUGCAAAAGAAAUGUGGGACAAGCUGGAAGUCACAUAUGAAGGUACGGACCAAGUUCGGGAAGCCAAAAUUGACUUCCUAAUGCAGGAGUACGAGAUGUUCAGGAUGAAGGAAGGCGAAAAGAUCGAUGACAUGUUCGAUCGGUUCUCAAAGAUCAUCAACGACCUUCACCUUCUCAAGAAGACGUAUGCCAACAAAGACCUUGUGAGGAAAAUCCUGCGUAGUCUCACACCCGAAUGGAGAUCAAAGGCUGACGCAACCUACGAAUCCAUCGGAGUCUCAAAUGUCACCAUCGACGGGCUAAGAGGUAACCUCAAAACUUAUGAAUCUACUAUUCUAACUCCGUCUUUGGAUGAACAAAAGAAGAAGGGAAUAGCACUGAAAGCAACCAAGGAGACCAUGGAAGAAGACUCAAGCGAUGAUGACAACGAGUUCGGACUCGUCAUCAAGAAAUUCCACAAAUUUAUGAAGAAGGAAUUUGAGCGCAAAGGAAGAAAGCAUGAAGGUCCCCCGAAGUGCUAUGGCUGUGGUGAGAUAGGCCACAUCAAGCCGAGGUGUCCAAAAGGUAAAAGCGGCAAGGACAAACCUGGCUUCAAAAAGCAAUGCGCCUACAUCUCAUGGGGUGGCGACUCCGGGGAGGAGUCAACGGAUAAAGAAGAGGAAGAAGCCGCCAACCUCUGUCUCAUGGCACACGAAGACCACGUCAAUGAAGUACAAGAG